CUACAUAGAAGUUGAUAAAGUUAAAAUAAAACUGGAUCUAUUUCUUGGGGGAGAUUACAAGACAAGAUAUGACUAAACCACUAAACUUCUGUGAAGGCAAGAUACCUAGGGUUUUUGAUGAAAAUUGGCAUACCCAACCAGGAUGUAGACACAGUCCCUUSUUUAAGAUUCCACUGAAUCGGGUAGUACUGAACUUCAUCUACUUCUAAGAGUGACUGAUAGACUAGAGCAUGGCCUUAUCUAUGAUGCUGUUGACUGGGAUGAGAAAGAUAAUUUUGGUCUCCCUAAAGUGCAGCAGAAGAGCAAGCAUCUUGAUAAUUUAGUGGCUGCCAUACAAUCUUGUGGUGUUGGGUUUAGAGUCUGGACAAAUAAUGAAAACAAGUUAGACUGGACUUCUCUUAUGGGAGGAGACAAAAAGAAACUCCUAAGAAAUCUCCCCUCAAAGUUCAAACAUUUUGUCCAGCCAUCUCAACUAGUGAAAGUUACUCAACUAUGGAAGGACUUUGAACAAAUCUAUGACAUUUUGACAUCCCUGUCACCACAUCAAGAUAACAUUAACAGUUUUCAUGAUAAGGCCAAGAAAUGGGCCCAGCUACUCCUUGGUAUGAAAAGUGAAGGAUACAACUGGACAUAUCCUAUAACCCCCUAUAUUCWCAUGAUGGUUUAUCACGUGCCUCAAAUGGGAUUUGGAAAUCUUAAGCAAUUCACAGGGCAAGGAGUCGAAAAGAAAAACGAUGACAUGCGCAAAGCAUUCCAUAGGUCAAUUAACCGGUGGAAUGCCUGCAAGUCUCUAAUUGUCAUAGACAAAAGACUUGAGMUACUUCAAUCAYAAAAAAGGYGUAGAAGAAAAUAMGAAAGAAAAAACACCCCAUUCUUGGAAGAAGGAAAAGCUCAAGUGGUGAAAAAUUACCCAAGGGUUUCACUCCCUGAAAGACAAGAAUAUCCAGUGUAUGAAGAACCUGACCUUGACCAACACAAGGAGAACCAACAGCCCACAGAAAACACWAAUUCCUUAUUUACAAAGKACCAGCUACAAGCAAUGACRGUUGCUCAGCUUAAACACAUUUUAUCUGGAAUAUCAGAUGGACCAAUCAAUAAGCGGGCAAGAAAACCUAUAUUMAUUGAAACUAUUCUAGAUCAUAUAACAAAUUAGUUUAGUGCCUAUUUACACAGUUCUUUUUCUGAAUGAUACAGUUAAUUUCUGUAUCSAYCUCCUGGGUCUCUUUUCCCCGUUCUUGUCAUAUAGCUGUCGAGACCUUGCAAGGAAGGGAYGCAUAACAAUUGGGUAUUGCACUGUCCUCAAAACCUUGCGUUUGUUACAAAAUGCAACAUCCCAAUCCUUGGGAAAAUAUUUCUGGGGGAAAUCAUUGGCUUCCAAUGAUAUGCUGCGGCCAUGCACACUAUUAUUUUCCUUCCCAGUAAAUAUAUAUCUAAAUACUUUAUGCUCAAAGUAUAUCGUUGUAUCUGUUUGCAGCGACAAAGGAAGGCCAUUCUCCACAAUAUUUCUCAGUUGCUCCACAUGGAAUUCUAUUACUUGCUUGUCAAUCUUGGGAUUUUCAUAGUUCCUGCAAUAUUUAUAUAUUUACAUUUACAUUUACAGCUGUUUGCAAUAAU